ACACCUCAACAUGCUCCAGUUCGGCGUACUGGGCAGCAUCGUAUUUCUUAAUUUGUUUUGGCAAGUUAGCAUGUUGCUUCCAUUACCGGAACCCUGCCCCAAAAAUAUGACUGCUGUUGGUGACUUCAACAUGGAUCGGUUCUUGGGAAGAUGGUAUGCCUACUCCAUGUAUCCAAAGCUGUCAGGAAAAAUGCCGAGUUGUAUGUCAAUAUGGUACAACAAGUUAGAAGACAACACCCAUGAGGUGAAUAUCAUUGAGCUGCACGACAAAGUUGAAUUCGUGAAAUCUUCUAGACGCAAAAUUAUAAAUAUCCAAACGAGUGGCUCAUACGACGUUCUAGGCAGUGUUCAUAAUCCGGACGGUGUUCAAAUGAAUAUUCUCUACACGGAUUACGAUAGCUUUGCUAUUCGAUUCAUGUGCAUCGACGAUGUAAAUUCAAUUUUCAGUUUGCAAUAUGUCAUGAUACAGUUUCGGAAGCGCAAUCCAACUGCUGAAGAAGCGUACGCAGCUGAGCAUCUGGCGAAGAAAGCGGGCAUAAGGUUAAAAAGUAUGAAAAGAGUGAAUCAGCAGGGAUGUCCCAACGAUACGUAGACUUUGGGUCGCAACCAUGACAUUUCAGCUAAAGCUUUAUGCUACUUAAGUCAAAUUAAUUAAAGCAAUUUGUCUUGGUCGUACUGCUGUAUAUAUCGUAUUAAAUACUUGUAUUUUUCCAAUAAACCCCUCACUAUUUAGAAU